UGUUGAUAAAGAGAGAUAUAUGGUUCAUAUAAACAAGAAGAACAGAACGCAAUUAAAUUGAAUUUGAGGUUAAAGAUAUUUAAUGUAUUUAAUUUGAAUAUAAUUUGAUAUCUAAAUAAAAAUAUGAACACAUUACGGCAUAUUUUUUAUAAAUAUCCAGUAAUAUCCAAUGUGCAUCGAACAUUUUGUGCGAUUUCUAUUAAAAAUAACCCAGGUGAAGAGCCAGAUAAAUUGUAUAAAUUUGUAGAACUAGAAUUAAAAGGAAAUGAUCCAGCAGUUUUAAAAAGUUUCUGUAAAUUCGCCGUGACUACAGGAAAUCAUUUAGAUAUACCAGUAAAAUCAUGGAAUUUACGUAAACCAAACCAUGAAAGAUACACAGUGUUAAAAUCAGUACAUAUUUAUAAAAAACAUAGAGUGCAAUAUGAACACAGAACUUAUUACUCAUUCGUACAGUAUAAGCAUUUAACAGGAUCAACAGCAGAUACAGUAUUGGAAUACAUAGAAAGAAAUUUACCUGAAGGGGUCGCAUUAAAAGCUACAAAAGUUGAAAUUCAGCCAAUACCUGAAUUUUUAAUACCACCUGAAACGUUAAAAGAAAGCUCAAAGUCUGCUUAAUAUAGUUAAAUAAUUUAAAAUUAUUUAUAUUAGUAUUAUAAAAAUUUCAUAAAACAUCUAACAAUAUCAAUUUUGUUUCAUUAACUAGACAUAUAUACAGAUAUUUGGAUACAAUAGAUUUAGAAUUGUUAAGAGAAAGUAUGCACAUGGAUAAAGACAAUAAAAGACCUAAGAAUGGAAGCAAAUAUGUAUCACAAUAUGCAAAAAUAUGAUAGUAAACCAAAACAGAGAGAGCAUGGAGAAGAUGACCUGCAAGUCAUUAUUACAAAAGAUAGAAAAAAUAUACAUUGUAUAUUAGGAAAAUAGGAAACAAAAUAUUUAAAUUGGUACACACAAUCCAUAAAAAGAACACCAAAGUGUCUAAUAAGAAAAGUUACAGAAACACAAAUACAUAGCAGAAGGAAGUCCCAGGAAAACAAUAGAACAAAUUAAUGAACAAAGGAUUGGAGAGAAAGGAAAAAAUGAAUAAAAUGAAAACAAAAACCCCAAUACCAUACCCAUAGGAAAAUAUAUUUUUUUAAUUUUCAGUGCUCCAAUACAGUUCCUGUUAGUAUUCCUAGAUUGUGCUGAUUCAUUCAGCAGAUCUCUGGUUACGGUUUCCCAGGAUAGUCUUGUCUCAGCCCCCAUAAGUUGUUCCAGUAAUUGGUUUUCACCUAACCACCUUCUUUUCCACUACUUUUUCUAUUGUUUUGCAGCUGAUACCUUAGAAGGGUUCAGGUCACAUGAAGGACUUGUCUGUCCCCUUUAGCCAGCUUAUCAUCUAUUUUAUUUUCCUUCAUUUCGAUGUGCUCCGGAAUUCGUUGCAGGGAAAUUUUAUUUUUCUUGCCCUGCUCGUUUAAUUUGUCUAGGCAAUCUCAAACAAGUGUAGAUUUUAUGAUAUUAGAUAGUCAUUAUCUAGAAAUACUGGACAGAUUUUUCAAUUCCAUUAAUUUCUGCUCAAAAAAUGCUUUGUGUGUGGUCCAGGCUUUCAGAGUAUUUGGUUCUAUGUGGAGACGUGGGAGAUUUAGAAUCACUUCUAAUGCAGCUGAUUACACUUAUGGAAGCCACUCUUUUUACCUUCGAGAGAUUGUUCCUCGAUGUAUUCAAGUUAUAAAGCAUUAAUAAAAAAUGAUGUCAUUACACUCUAAAAAAUAAAUUUAUUAAUUAUGAUAGUAUUACAAGAAUUUAUUAUACAACCA